AUGGGUGGUUCUGGCUCUACCCAGCUAUGCCAGAAAACAGUGGCUAUGGUUAAAAAUGAAAUAGCCAGCAACAAAAUACAAAUGUUUUCGAAGACUUACUGUCCAUAUUGCAAAAUGGCGAAAGACGUUUUAAAUGAGAUUUGUGUGCCAUACAACGUGAUGGAAAUAGAAAAUCGUGACGAUGGCCCCGAAAUUCAAAAAGUUUUAAAAGAUAUAACUGGCUCAAGUUCGGUUCCACAAGUAUUUAUCAACGGUCAAAGCAUUGGAGGUGGUACUGAAACAAAAAAGUUACACGAAAAUGGAAAACUUUUAGAACUUAUUAACUCUCAAUAG